ACAAAUUUAUCGUGCAUUACAAACAUUUAUCGUGGCAUCGCCUAGCUCGAGGCAUUUUGGACUGUUUCCAAACUUUAAAGCAUGACUAAUAUACCAUUCGUUUCUUUUUGACAGGUCACGUGAACAUUCAGUAUAAAUACAACGUUUCGCGGGCUAAAGUGUUUAGUAGUGAAAUAGGCGAGCAGUGUAUUGGAUUUAUAAAUAAGAUACGCUACGAGAAUGCUCGCGUAGUGGAUGUAAAGCUGAUGUUAAAACAUAAACUACCAUAAAGUAAACGUAGCUAUCAGCUUAGCUUUUUGUGCAUGGAAAGAAAUAUUGGAUUUAUACGCUAUGAGAAUGCUCGCGUAGUGGAUGAAAACAUAAACGUAGAGAAUUGUUAAAGCUAUCAGCUUAGCUUUUUGUGUACAGUGUUAGUACAUGGAAAGGAUCGACUUGUUUAAAACAGCAAGUUCAUCGCUAUUUAAUGUUUACAAAUUUCCGAAGGAAAACAACAAUGUCGAGAGGAGGACAUAAUGGUUUCAAAAGAUGGCCAGCGGAUGGAAAACAGUAUAGAGGAUUUAAUGAGAGGGAUCGUUUUGAAAGAGAUAAUAUGUUUCAUAAACAGCAGCCAUCUAGAUUCCAAUCAGGCUACCAUCCCCAGGAUCGUCGGUAUAAUACUGACCAGAAUGCAAGAUAUGCGCAGUUCCAGCAUGUACAGCAUCGACAACACCCGCCUUCACAGGCUUGGAACUAUGACUCAUCUUACGAUUCGAGACAAAAGUCAUACCAUGAUAAUAAAGAAAAUAAGAAUAAUCCAAAUUAUCAAAGGUAUACGCCACCGAGAAAAGAAGAUAAUCAUGAUCGUUUGCGGGAUAAACGCAAGAGGUCUCACUCACCGCAAAGGCGUCGACGUGGUUCCCGGUCAAGAAGUUCAGAAAGUACUCAUUCUAGAAAAAAACGAAGGAUAAAAGAGAAAAGAAGACAUUCGAAGUCACCUGCAAACAAAAGUGAUUUUUUAAAUAAAGGAAAUUCAUUUCAAAGGGAGAACAGAAGACAGAAUGAAGAUCAACCAGAUGAAAGAUAUUAUAAUAGAGAUCAUAGAAACAGUAGAACACCAGUGGUGACAAAAUUUCACAGAAACAGUCGGGCACCAGUGCCAUGGACAAAAUAUCACAAGAAGAAAAAAUUCUUUCCCAGUUAUUUCAUAAACAAAAAUCGGUAUACAUGGAGAAAACCCACUGGUAAAAAACAUGAAAAUAGCAAUGGAGUAAGUUUGGGGAAAAAACUUACAAUACCACCAAUAUCAAAUGAUGAAUUUAGCCAGCGGAGGGAGGAGGCUGAGAGUGAAGGCGACAAUGAAGAAGGCUGUUUGACAGAUGACUUGGAAGAAGGUGAAAUUGAUACUGGCAAUGAUAGUUUAAACGAAAGGGCAAGGAGAACAAAAAAGCAAAAACGGAGACAAUCAGAAGAAAGUAAAAUAAAGCAAGAAAGAGAAAGCAAAGGUAAUUACACAGACGUUAAAGAUGUUGUUGCAUCCAACACUUGUCUCGAAGAGCUUAAGCAAGAACGUUUAAAAAAAUUCCCAGUGGAGGAUCUGAAAGCAGAAAAGAAUGAACGACAUUCUUAUGUUCAAGACACAUGCAAAUUCUUCAAUAGAGUAACCUCUGAUAAAACGCUGAGCACAGGUGACAAUAAAGAUGUUGACUGUUUAAAAAAGGAAACAAACUUGGUAAGAUUUGAAAACAAUACACGUAAAGAAAAUGAUUCCAACCUCCCUGAAACUAAUCCAGAAAAAAACAAUACACUAAAUUUAAGCAAUGAAAAAACAAACGACCUCAAAGGUACAACAAAUGCUAAAACCGAUACUGAAGUAUACGAAGAUGUUACAGUACCAUGUAAAAUUAAAUCAAUUAAGCAAGGAAAAAGAGAAUCGGUUGAUAAGCUUGGAGAAACAUUACGACUUACAAAAAGCAGUUUCAUUUGUGAAAACAACAUGAUACAAAAAAUUGUGUCAUUGGCAAGCAAGUCAUUAGUUGAUAAUAAUUCUGAUAUUGAAAGUGAAAUGGACGGCAAAGAUUCAAAAAAUGUUAUCUUGCCAAAAAAUAAAGGCCAAGUAACGGACGUAAGCAAAGAAGUAAUGGAAAGUGGGGAAGGUGAAUGUGACAAAAUGUCAAGUGUUGAAGUUUGCAAAGAUAUGACAAAGCCUAAUGCAAUGAAAUCAAGUGAAACCAUUGAAAUUCCUAAAAGGACUGGAAAAGAUAAUACAAAUUUUGAACAAAACAAAAUAAACAGACAUAUCAAUGAAGUUCAAGUGAAUGAUUACUUAGAUAUAAAAAAUGACGAGUCGCCUAACUCUUCACAUAAUGUACACGAUGACAAUCCUAGCGAAAAAGUUGAAAACAAAGUAAAUGUGAAAGGAGGGACGUUGGAAAAGGUGAUACUGACAAAUAAGAAUGAAACGUUUGUCAAAGAUCAGAAUUACAUUGAACCGAAGACAUUUUCUUCAUCAUGCGGAAAUCAAAACUUAUUUCCAAUUAAAACCAAUGGCAGUGAAUUAAAAAGAAAGAAAACAGGUCAAGAAAAAAGUGAACCAGAAUCUCGCGACAAUGCAGUUGUUGAACGUCCGAUUACCCCUCCUCCUUAUACAUCUCAAUCAAGCAAACAAAACAAAAGGUAUUAUUUUGAAAAUGGUCCUUCAUUUGCCCGGUUCGGAGAACACCAGAAUCAACCUGAUCAAUCUGAUGCAAUAGGAACACAAUAUAAAACAAAAAAUUAUGCAGAAUCAAACAAUCUAAGACAUUCAGUAACGAUUUCAUCGUCUGAAGAUGACAAAGAAACAUUUUCGUCUUCUUCUAGAAAUUUAGACAAUGCAAAGAAAAAUGAAAAGCUUGCAUUCAAGCAAAGUACUUCUGUUAAUAACAAAAAUGGCUGCCCGACUGUGAAUAAAAGUGGCUGCCAUGACAGACAAAAGCUUUCACUUAAAAACAAGUCAAAGCACACAACAUACAUUGAAUCAAGUAAGAACAAUUCAAGAAAGCGCCAUGGAGGUGUUCACUCAGCAACAGCAAUUUUAAGUGGAAGGAAAAACCAGCCAAGUGACGGUGUAUUUUAUCCACUUGGAAAACACAUUGAAGACAAGCACAAAGUCAUUAAAACUGUUCCAGCUGAACAGCAAACUGAAUGUCCUAAAAUACAAAAUGAACAAAAUCCAAAAGAAGGAAACGUAGAAGUAAUUUGCGCUCAAGAAGGUGAUAGUGUUCAUCGUAGAAAUUCAAAAGUUGAAGAUUCAGAGAAAGAAGAGAGUGUUCCAAGGGUGAAGGAAAGUCUAUUUAACAAAAACAAAAGAAGGAUUUCACACUUUAAUAGUAAUAGUAUUGAGUCUAAUGCAAAAAAACCUAAAGUAUUUCCAAGUGACACAAAAGCCAAGUCCAGCAUAUACAAUGGUCCAGCAUGUAAGUCUCCUAUUGGUAAUAUUUUUGAAAAAAUGGAAGACAAAUUUCUCGUCAGCUCGAAUGAUAAAACUGGAACUAAUCGCACGUUAGAUAGGAAAAUUUCUCUGGUCAGCGACAGAGAUGCAAAAAAGAAAAUGAGUAAAGAAAACGUUGAAAAAUGUUUUAAACUUAAAACUAAAGGUGGCUUAAAUGUACAAGAAAUUGAGAAAUCGAAACUGUUCUUUGUGAAAGAAAAUGCAAUGGAAACUGCCGAAACUAAAUCUGUGAAUGGUAAGAAAAAUAUAGCUAUUGAAACCAACGAAACAAACAACAAUAUCCUUAACACUGUAACUGAGAUAAAAAUGUUGUCAAAAGACAACAAUAGAACAUGUUUGAAUGUAAAAGAAGAUGAUAAUGAUAAAAAGAUUGACAAGAAGAAUGAUGAAAUGAAUCUAAGUAAUCCAAGUGAGAACACUGUUGAAAUGAAAACAGUUCAGUGUACAGUCGAAGAAAAUUCAACCGAACACAAUGACAAAGAAAAUCAAAAUGCUUCUGGCAUAAAACAAAAUCAUAAAGGAUUACAAAAUCAUUCACAGAAUUGGAACAAAGAACCAGACAUUUGGAUCAAUGACACUUUGAUAGGAAGAGAAGAUUCGGACACAUGUGAAACUCGGAAGAAUUAUCACGAUGAAAGUGAAGGUAUACAGAAAGAACAACGGAAGCCACUUGGUGAAAAUGAAAAACAUCCUAAAUGUACAGCAAAUGGAUUGUUUUUAAAUGAAAAAGCAGUCGAAAAUGUAUCAGAAUCUGAAGAUGACAUGGAUGACAUUGAACCAAUCGAAAUGAUUGGGUCAGUGUUCAUGAAUGAUUUCAACAUUGAUGAUGGUGAUACUGAAAAUAGUUUAACAAGUAAAAGAAGUAUCGAAAUUAAUGAAAAUGAUUUGAAAGUCGACUAUUGUGAUGACAGCAUAGUAUUUCGAAGAACAAAUUCAGAUGGUGAAUCAGAGAUUAUUGGCAACAUUGACGAGGGGAAAGAAAAUGAAACUAAAAAUGAAUCAGAAGGGUACAGUCAAGUUUCUCAUUUAAAUUCCCCAACGUCUAAAGAAAGCCUUUCUAAAAGUGAUUCUAAGGGUGAUAUGUUAAGUUUCUCAAACACAGAUAUAGAAAAAAAUGAUGAAACCGGAAAAGAAGCUGGCUCCAAUAGGUCUCCGACUAGAUGUUUUAGAAAAACAGAGCGAAAGAGGUUUUCAGCUCAGCUUGAAACAAUUGGAAAGAAGUUUGAUGAGGAGAAAGCUGAUGAAAAUAAGGAAACUCAAUUAAAAAUUAACUCAAACUCGCUCAAAGAAAUUAUAUCAGAUAAUGAAAAGACACAGAACGAAACCGAAAAGAUACAUUGCACAAAAUCUACUGAAUGGUUAAAGUUAGCUAAAACCAACAUGCAAAAUUUAGUCAAAGGGAAACCCAAAACACAGAAACAAACAGACACUUCUACUCAAGACGAAAAUGAUACAUAUGAAGAGGAUUUACCGAGUGCCAAGAGAAUCUUGCAAUGGGAUGCCCAACAGCCAAUUAUGGAGAGUGUUAAAAGAAGUCAGUUUUACUUGUCUGCAACAAUAACUACCUCAUCUCAAAGCUUGUCAACGUCAUCCCAGUCCGAUAGCGGAAGGACUUUAAAAGCAUCAAAAUCUAAAGUUAUAUAUAAAAGUCCUGAUGGAACAUCAAAUCAUGAGAGUCAAUUAACUGCAAAUUGCACUAUCAAAGGAAUACAUAUGUCUAUCUCAUCUUCAAAUUGUGCUGAAGAAACUUACGAAACUAGUGCUUCUGUUCAUAAUCAAGCUGUCCAAAACUUAGAAACGUUGACGUCUUUGUCUAGUAAUUUAGAUACACAUCAAAGUGUCACAAGGAAGGCGUCAAAUAUAAAUUCUAAACAAAAUGAUGUUAUAGCACAGAAUCAUUCUGUCAUGAGAAGCCAAACUGGACAGUUUAGCCAACACAAUCUGAAAGAAACAACAAAUGAACGAGCACAAAAGCCAAACAUGCCAGACAAACACUUGGACAUAAAUAUUACAGCAAAAGAAGUUGUGUCAAACAAUCCGUUGAUAGAUCAGCCAUGCUUCGAAAAUGGUUAUCGUGAUAUCUCGGCACCAAGUAGUCAGAGCAAAAAUGGUGCAGCUCUGUCACCUAUUAUUGCAAACGUGCCUAUGUACAGUCAACUGACAGCACCAUUGAUGGAUCGGAAUACUCGUGUAGAAAUAAAUCAAGCUCCAUUUAAUUUGAUGUGUCAAACUAAUCCUGAUGCCACGAACAACAAUUUCAUGACAAAACCACCAGUUAUGAGUAGCAAUCUACCGAUAACUAAUCAUAACGCGGUGACACCAGAAAACUUUACAUUGGCGUAUGCACAAGUUGAAAUGCCUGGAGUGCGGGAACCAGUUGGGCCGAAUACCAGUCCGCAAACAACAAAACCAGUUUCAAGACCGGAUGCAAAACAUCCAGGUACUGAUGUCCAAGAUUUACAGACACAACUUCUCCGUGAAGUUUCAAAAGAAGAAAGACGAUGCCAAUUGUAUAGAGAACUCUGUGACCUAGACAACAUCAACACUGGUGAUUUUGGACUGGACUUAUUGCUUUUGUCAAAGAAAAGCGAAUUAAGAGGAUUAGCGUACGUUAAUAAAGAAUAUUUACGUAUGAGAACAGAACGAUACGCGAACAACUUUCAACAACAACAAAAUCAACAACAACAACAGUCAUUUCAGUCAAGUAGUGGACAUAGAAAUACAGAAGAGAGAAUUCAUUACUUGGGUAACCUUAAACGAAGUCAAAAGUAGACAUACAACAGAAGUGUUAUGUAGUCUGUAAAGAGUUCAAACCAUUACGUCAUCAAAGCUGUUUUAGCUUUCUGCACAACAACAAACAACAACAACAACAAAGCAAGGACGACCAUCGAUAGCGUCAAAGGUUCAAGAAUGAAAAUAUUUAUAAACAACAUCAAAGCUAGAAACAGAGCUAGACUGCUCUUCAACGCAUCAAAGCUAAAACAUUUAGCAAUUACAUCAACGCUUACUGACAACGUCAAAGCUAAAAUGUUUUAUUUACAACAUCAAACCUAGACUGUGUAUCAUCAAAACAAAGCUAAAACGUUCAUCAACAACAUCAAAACCAGACUAUAACUGAUUUCAACAACAUAGAAGGUGAAAACUUCAUGAAGCCAGACACCAAAGCUAGAAACUUAAGCUUAUCCCAACAUUUUAGCCAGAAGGUUUAUCAACAAUAUAAAGCUAUUACCAACAGAAAAGCUAGAACCUUAUCAAAAACAUCUAAAGUUACAAAAGGAUAUGGUCGGCAAAGAUUAUCUUCAGAGAUGAAAUAUUAAAAAAAAAAGACGUGAAAGAUUUGAUAUACAUGUAUACUAGCUUAUGUAAUGGAAGAAAAACAACCCUGGUAUAUUGAGACCACAUGUACAUUUGUCUUUAUAUAUGGUGAAGGUGUAAUUAUUAGGGUAUAUUGAGACCAUUUAUGUACAUUUUUCUUUAAAUAUUGUUUUGUAAAGUGGUGACGGUGUAUUUAUUGUUCAGUGUUCAACGUAUCUCUUUAUAACGUUUAUACCUGGUGUUUUAAUUAGUACUUAUAAUCAAAACAAAGCAGAAAGUUUCAGUGUACUUCUAAACCAAUAAUGGUAAAGCUGUUCCGUUUUAAAUGAAAGACAUAGUCAAAAUAUUGUGUUCACUGUAUACAUUACAUUUCUUAAAUAUGUUUAUAAGAUUAUUAUAUAUAGGUUUGGGUUUUGUUUUGUUUUUAAAUAAAAGAUAUUUGUCUUUUUCGAAAUACCGCUAGUCCGAAUGUUUUUUUAUGAAGACAGAAUUGUAUUAUUUCAUACAAAAUAGUUUUACUUUUAAUAAAUACAUAGGUAUCGGUUUAUUUACCUUGAUAAUUACCUUUAUUAUUUGUUGAAUCAUUUACUAUGAUAUUUUUUAACCUCUUCAAGUUCUACAGUUUUACAUAUGUAAAUACAUGUACAUUGUACUUAAAACAUGAAAGCAUUGUAAGAUAAACCUGCAGCACGUUUUAUCGUAAGCAAUUGCAUCAAUUAUAUCGGAUUUAUUGGAUGAUUUUAAGUCAAACUGUUUAUUAUUAAGUAAUCAAUAUCAUGAACAUUUUUAAAAGGCAGCUAUAUAUUUGUUAAAUAAGACACAUUGACCUCAUAAUUAUGCACUGCUGAUAUUUUUACCCAGCGUGUUUAAGCCAGAUGUAAAUCAUCAAAUUGUUGUUAUCGUGAGGCACAUCCUUACAGCUUCUAUGAUAUCAUAAACAUCAAUGUAGUUUUUAUGUAGCCUAGAUUUGUGACGGGUUUUAUGCUAGCUAGUUUGUAUUGCAUUAUAAGGGUUUUAAAAUUGAGUACAAUAAUAUUACACCAGUCAUUAUUUAGACGUUGUCCUAAGUUUUCAUCUUAUGAGGUUGUUUAUAGAUUCACAUUGUGCUGGUAAAAUGUGAAUGUACGGUAAAGAAAAUAGAAUUAAUAGCUUACAUUCCGCAUGUGCAACAAAUUUAAGUUUAAUUGUUUCCUUUUUCUCACAGGUCAACAUCUAAUUCGGUAUCGUAGAAAUGUUUCUAUACAGAAAUGUUUCUAUACGAGUUCUAACCUAUACAUAGACAGUAGAUUUGCCGGAAUAUAUUUGUUAAAAUCAAUUUUUAUUAUCCAUAUUUUUGCAUCUUAGUGAUUAGAACGUUAGAAUUUAUAUUAAAUAUACUACAUGUU